AUGGUCACCAAGAACUCUAUCUUUGUGCGAGAAACCCGUGUUCAAGACGGCCGGGUCAUCGUGCUUGGUCUCGGGUGUAGCCUUGCCCUGACGAGACAGACAAUGAGCAGCAAGGACACAGAGGCACCCAAAAGGCGGGAAUCCCGCUCCGGGACUCGAAAGGUCUCCCACCUCUCUGCCGAACAACUCGAGAGGAAACGUGCGAAUGAUCGUGAGGCUCAACGAUCGAUCCGACAACGAACCAAGGAACAUAUCGAGCAGCUCGAGCAUCAGGUUUCCAUUCUGCAAGCCAGAGUAGCAGAGCUACAACCCCGAAGCGAACGAUUCGACGAAUUGGUCCAAGAGAAUGUCGCUCUUCAAAAUGAAGUCAAUCGAUUAAAGCAACAAUUGGGUAUACCCAUUGAUCGUCCAGCGUUUCCGGCGGGUGGGGAUCCGCCUGGUCUAUUUCGACAUGGAUGGCACAUGGAUGAAGGGCCCAGCAAUGCACCCAACCCCGCGACCAGUAUGCUAUCGCCAUUUCCCGGAUCAUCCCUCCCUUCGACCGCUCCUCGAGCGCCGUCGGCAGUGUCGGGUUCAAGCCGAUCAUCUCACCCCCAUGACUGGCAGCAAUAUUCGAAUACGCGUUCACCGUCGUUAGGCGACACGUCUGAGUCAGAAUAUUCUUCUCAACCAUACGUGAUGGAAGGUCAGUUGCGAAGAGGCAGUCAUCUAGUUCCUCCGCCUCUGCCUGUCGCCCCUCAACUCAGCUUCGGUGCGACUGGCCAGAGUCAACAGCCUUCUGAGUCGUCUUUCCCCCAGAUUUUUCCACGAGAAAGUCUUGAGACUCCCGUUCAGCUGUCCAUCGAACAGCCUAGACCUUCAUUUCUUGCUAGCCAACCAGUGGCGAGCGCUGGCGCCCAGCCAGCUCCUGGGCAGCCAUAUCCGCCCUCAGUGCGCCGUUACCAGAAUCCCAUGGGCCCGCAGUCAAAGAGAGACCCGCCAUAUCCCUACCCAUGGAACCAACAUUCAUGA